AUGACUACCAGCAAUCUUGAGCUCCAUUUCGAGAGCCUUUCUGUCAAGGAUGAGAAUUCUUCGAAUGAUGGAAAGCGGAUGCACACCAAAAUUAUGGCAAGCUCGAGGGUAAAGCUUUCGGAAAACCCAAAUCGAUCGAAUCUUCUCAAAGUCGCGGUAGAAAAUCAAGUCAGAACCGUCGCUGCUCCCUCGAAAACCUCUCAGCUGGAAGGAUCAUCUAGGAAGCCAAUGGUCAUCUUGUUAAGCAAUAAGUCUGGGUCUUCGAAUGCCGAAUCACAAUCAACUCCCAUCUAUAAGCAGCCCACCGCUCCUAAGCUAUUCCAUCUUGGCAUGUUCGAAAUCGGCCGUCCAUUAGGAAAGGGGAAAUUUGGACGUGUAUAUCUUGUUCGAGAACGCAAAAGUGGAUAUGUGUGUGCGCUCAAGGUUCUACAUCUCAAUGAAAUUAGGCAAGGUGGGGUGGAGAUGCAGGUUCGACGAGAGAUUGAAAUUCAAAGCAAUUUACGGCAUCCUAAUGUUUUGCGACUCCACGGUCACUUCCACGAUAGCCGAAGAAUAUUUUUAAUACUCGAAUUUGCCGGCCAAGGCGAGCUUUAUAAGCAUCUUCAGCGGGAGACUCGUUUUCCUGAAUGGAAAGCCUCUCAGUAUAUUGCACAGAUGACAUCGGCGUUGAAGCACCUUCACAAGAAGCACGUUAUGCACCGAGAUAUCAAGCCAGAGAACAUUCUUCUGGGCAUACACGGCGAAAUUAAGAUUUCGGAUUUCGGGUGGAGUGUGCAUGCACCAGGAAAUCGACGAAAGACGCAAUGUGGGACUAUGGACUAUCUACCACCUGAAAUUGUGAAGAGGGAAUGGUACACCGAGAAAGUGGAUCUAUGGGCACUGGGGGUAUUGAUGUAUGAAUUGUUAACUGGACAAGCACCCUUUGAGGACUCUCCACCAGUCACAUACAGUAGAAUUGUUCGCUGUGAUAUGACCAUACCAAAAUUUGUGUCACGAGAAGCCAGAGAUCUGAUUAAGCGCCUACUGGUUGUUGAUCCAGAGAAGAGAAUGCCGCUGGAAGACGUUGAGAAGCACCCAUGGAUUUUGAAGCAUUGCUUGAAGGGAGAACGAGUAAGCAAGAGGGAAUCGUAUCUUGCAAUAAAAUCCUCCAAGAAUGAGCAACCGUGA